AUGCUAAGUAAAGUAAGUAAAUCUUAUCCCCCAGACAAUGCAGAGGCGUCCCGCUGGUUUUUGUUAUGUAUUGGGACAGCUCUUGUACAGGGCAUCGUUGGCUUUAGUCCCGUGCCCGUACCAGACGAAGAAUGGGAGGAGUUUUAUAGGACGCUAAGAGACCCGGCCUAUCGCUUACCAACUACAACUCGACCGCGGCAUUACGAAGUGACUUUAACUCCUUAUUUUGACAAUGUGCCAGUAAAUAGAACAGCAUUCACUUUCGAUGGUGAAGUAACAGUUCACAUUAGUCCAACGGAAGCCAAUGUUACUGAAAUAGUUAUGCAUUGUAAUGAUCUCACGAUUGAUUCUUUAAGUGUACGUUCGGAGAGCAACGUAGAAAUCAACACGCCGGAUCAAAAUCUCGAGUGUAGCUCCCCUUACAGCUUUCUAAGGAUUAGAACAAUUACGCCUUUGCAACUUGGCCAGGAAUAUAUCGUAAAAAUGACUUUCAGAGGCAAUUUGCAAACUAAUAUGCGUGGUUUUUACCGAAGUUGGUAUAAUGACAAAACUGGAAAAAGAUGGAUGGGGACCACACAAUUUCAACCAGGUCAUGCUCGUCAGGCGUUCCCUUGUUAUGAUGAACCGGGUUUCAAAGCGACCUUCGAGAUAACAAUCGUUAGAGAGCAAAACUUUAGCCCAACUAUUUCUAAUAUGCCUUUGAAAACCAGGGGACCGGUCGUUAAUGGAAGAGUUGCAGAAACUUUUCAUACAACUCCUGUGACUUCUACAUACUUGCUGGCUUUUAUCGUUUCCCAUUAUAUUGUUGUGGCCACUAAUAACAAUACAACGAGGCCAUUCGAUAUCUACGCCCGAGACAACACCGGUUCUACUGGAGAAUGGUCUCUUGAAAUGGGAGAAUUGCUCUUAGAUGCAAUGGAUAAGUACACUCAAAUUCCUUACUAUAAUAUGGCUACAAAUAUGAAUAUGAAACAAGCUGCUAUACCCGAUUUUUCUGCUGGCGCUAUGGAAAAUUGGGGGCUCUUAACAUACAGAGAAGCAUUGAUAUUGUAUGACCCUCGCAAUUCGAAUCAUCACUACAAACAACGAGUGGCUAAUAUUGUGUCUCACGAAAUAGCCCAUAUGUGGUUCGGUAACCUCGUGACUUGCGCGUGGUGGGACAACCUAUGGCUAAAUGAAGGCUUUGCUAGAUUCUAUCAAUACUAUCUUACGCACUCGGUCAAACCAGAUAUGGGCUAUGACAUUCGUUUCAUUGUUGAACAACUGCAGUCAGUUAUGCUUUCUGACUCACUCGAUUCCGCGCACGCUCUCACUAACCCAGCUGUCAACGAUCCGAGCAGUGUCAGCGCACACUUUUCGUCCAUCACCUACGCCCGAGGAGCAUCUGUAAUUAGAAUGACGCAACAUCUUCUUGGAGACAGCACCUUCGUGAAAGCCCUCCGACGUUAUCUAAAGGAAAGGCAAUACGAUGUAGCUGAGCCUCAUCAUUUGUUCAAGGCUCUUGAUGCUGCCGCCGUUGAAGAUAAUGCACUAUCCGCGUACAAUGGGGUAACUAUAGACACAUACUUCAGAUCUUGGUCAGAGAAGGCCGGGCAUCCAUUACUGACUGUCACUAUUGACCAAAGAACGGGACGCAUGAUUGUGACCCAGUCUCGUUGGGAACGUAACACUGGUGUGUCACAGUAUCCAAGUCUUUGGUACGUACCUAUUACUUGGACCAGAGGUGGAGCACCUGACUUCAAUAAUUUGAAACCAUCGCAGAUUAUCUCUGCUCAAACCACGGUCAUUCAAAGAGGCACCACAGGAUUGGAGUGGGUUUUGUUCAAUAAACAAGAAUCUGGUUUUUACAGAGUUAACUAUGACGACAUUAACUGGUCUCUUCUGACCAGAGAGUUGAGAGGAGCUAACAGAACCGUUAUCCAUGAACUGAAUCGCGCUCAGAUUGUGGAUGAUUUGUUUGCACUUGCGAGAGCAGGCGUGAAGUCUUACGAUCGGAUUUACAACAUCCUGUCGUUCCUUGAGUUCGAAGACGCAUAUGCGCCGUGGAUUGCGGCCAUUAAUGGUUUCAAUUUCGUUAUAAGGAGGCUAGCACAUUAUACAACAAACCUUCAAAAGUUAUACGACAACAUAAAAUCACUCAGUGUAGCAAUCACUAGAAGGCUUGGUUAUUCCGAAAUUACCGGGGAGUCAUACAUGGACGGUCUACUCAGGAUGCAUGUUCUAACGUUCCUUUGUAAUAUUGGUCACGAGCAAUGUGUAUCCGAAGCAAAGAGAAAUUUCCAAAAUUGGAGAAAUGGUGAAUUCGUUGCAGCAAAUAUGCGUCCCUGGGUAUAUUGCGUAGGCCUUCGCGAGGGAACCGAUGAAGAUUUUACACAUUUUUGGAACCGCUACUUGACUGAGGACCUUGCCAGUGAAAAAAUUGUGAUGUUGGAGGCAGCUGGAUGCACUAACAAUGAAACCAGCUUAUGGAGAUACCUGGAUGCUAUUGUUGCCCUUGAUGAUGCAAUAAGGGCUCAGGAUUACAAUACUGCAUUGAAUUCUGCAGUGUCCGGCAAUGAAGCUAACACAAUGAGAAUGUUUGAAUGGUUGAAGAACAAUAUUGCUCCAGCUACUACAGCGUUAGGCAGCUUAGCAACCCCUAUUAGUUACAUAGCUGGACGUCUUUUGAAUGAACAGCAAAUCACAGAGUUCCAAGCAUGGCUAGAAGCAAACCGUGACGUUAUAGGCACGGCAUACAACACAGGUAUUAACAGCAUUGCUUCGACGAGGUCUAAUCUUGAAUGGUCUGCGAGACGCAUGGGAGAAAUGGAAAGAUAUUUCGAAGUGGGUUAUGUCGAAGAUAUCAUUGUCAUUGACGGUGGUGAAGGGCAACCAGAAGUUGAUGGUGGUGAAGAAACUGAAGAAAAAGAAGAAGAAGAAGAAGGUACAAAAACGCUGGUGCCAUUUAUUUUCCUCUUAGUUGGAUCACUUUCUGCCGAUCCAUUAGAAUUUAGGUCAAAUUUUGAAUAUCUGGAUUACAGUACAAAUUUAGAUGAUCCAAAAUACAGACUGUUAGAUACAGUUCAACCCACGGAAGUGUUUGCUGAUCUUGACGUCUAUUUAAGAGAAUCCAGAUUUAAUGGUUUCGUACAAAUUACAGUCAACGUACGACAAAAUCUUAGUCAAAUUGUCUUGCACCAAAACGUGGUGGCAAUACAAGGAGUGAAUGUUUUGGAUUCUAAUUCUAAACCUGUACCACUUCAAGCGACCAAUCCGUUUGAAACCGACUCUUAUUACGAAAUUUUGAAGAUCAACUUCGAUGGUAUACUCGCUGUUGGUACAUACGUAAUCAGUAUCAGUUACUUGGGUCGUAUUAAUGAGAACCCUCUUGAUCGUGGUUUUUACAAAGGUUAUUACUAUUUUGGGAAUCAGAAGAGACAAUAUGCAACCACACAGUUUCAACCUUACCACGCGAGAAAAGCUUUCCCCUGUUUUGAUGAGCCGCAGUUCAAAUCAAGAUUUGUUAUUUCCAUAACACGAGACAGAGACCUCAGCCCGUCCUUUUCUAAUAUGCCUAUCUCAGAGACCUCAGUGAUUUCUGCUAACCGCAUACGGGAAACAUUCUUGCCUACUCCAUUAGUAUCAUCAUACCUUGUAGCUUUCCACGUCAGCGACUUCGUUGCCACAAACAGUACCUCUACAGCUAGCAAGCCCUUCCAAAUCAUCUCUAGACAGGGACCCAUAAACCAGCAUGCAUAUGCUGCCGAAAUGGGCUUGAAAAUAACAAACGAAAUGGACGCAUAUUUCGAUAUUGGAUAUUACAACAUGGGUCAAGGUCAGCCCAUGAAGAACGAUCAUAUCGCUCUUCCUGAUUUCCCAUCAGGGGCUAUGGAAAACUGGGGAAUGGUGAAUUACAGGGAGGCCUAUUUGUUAUACGAUCCUAACCACACUAACCUAAAUAGUAAAAUCAACAUUGCCACUAUAAUGGCCCACGAACUUGCUCACAAGUGGUUUGGUAAUUUGGUUACUUGCUUUUGGUGGAGCAAUUUGUGGCUUAACGAAUCAUUUGCCAGUUUCUUCGAGUACUUCGCCGCUCAUUUUGCUGACCCGUCUCUGGAGUUGGAUGAGCAAUUUGUGGUUAGCUACGUACACAGCGCAUUGUCGUGGGAUGCUGGUGCUUCUGCAACCCCAAUGAAUUGGUCUGCGGUCGUCGACAACCCAUCUGUGUCCUCUCAUUUCAGUACUACCAGCUAUGCUAAAGGGGCAUCGGUGUUAAAAAUGCUCGAGCACUUCGUUGGAUUCGAAACAUUUAGGAAUGCUUUGAGAAUGUAUUUGAAAAACAAGUCAUAUGAUAUAGCAUAUCCUGAAGAUAUGUACGCGGCAUUUAGAACGGCUGUAUCUCAAGAUCCGACUUUUGCGAGAGAUUUUCCAAAUAUCGAUAUAGGUCAAGUAUUUGACAGUUGGGUGCAAAACCCAGGAUCACCUGUGGUUAAUGUUUAUGUGAAUAUGACUAGCGGUGAAAUUAUAUUGAAUCAGGAACGUUUCCAGCUUACUGGCACACCACCAUCCUCUUUGUGGCAAAUUCCAAUUUCCUGGACACACAGCGGUAAUAUGAGCUUCGAAAACACAAGGCCUAGUUUCGUACUGACUGAAAAGUCAGCCGUUAUACGUAAGGACCCUGGCCAUCAUUGGGUUAUGUUAAAUAUUGGUCAAUCUGGUUUAUACCGCGUUAACUACGAUGACCAUAACUGGGAAAUGAUUGCACCAUACCUUCGCAAUAACAGAAACAACGUCCACAAAAUGAACAGAGCCCAAAUAGUAAACGAUGUUUUGUUCUUCAUUCGUGCCGGCACUAUUAGCAUAAGACGCGCUUUUGAUGUUCUUUCAUUCUUGAAAGACGAAACUGAUUAUUACGUCUGGGCCGGCGCACUCGGGCAGUUCGACUGGAUUAGAGGCAGACUGGAACAUUUGCCUGGCGCCUAUGAGGAAUUUAAUACAUACUUAUUGGACUUGAUGGAGGCUGCUAUUCAACAUGUGGGAUACAAUGAGCGUUCAAAUGACUCUACAUCUACUAUCUUAAACAGAAUGCAAAUUUUGAAUUACGCUUGCAAUUUGGGCCACGAGGGCUGUAAAGCUGACAGUCUUGCAAAGUGGCAAGCUUUUAGAACAAACGAAAGCAAUUUAGUGCCUGUGAACGCCCGUCGCUAUGUCUAUUGCACCGGUCUUCGCGAAGGUGAUGCCGCCGACUACAACUUCCUGUACCAAAAGUAUAAUACGUCUGAGAACACUGCUGACAUGGUUGUAAUGCUGCGUGCCCUCGCGUGCACGAAAGAUCGAGCAUCUUUGGAACAUUACAUGUUCCAGACCAUGUAUAAUGACAGAAUCAGGAUUCACGAUCGCACCAAUGCAUUCCAGUAUGCACUACAAGGAAACAGUGAAAAUCUACCUAUUGUUUUGAACUUCUUAUACAAUAACUUCCAGGCUAUCAGUAACAACUAUGGUGGUCCAGCACGACUAACAAUUGCAAUGAAUGCUUUGGCUACGUUCUUAAGAGAUUUUGAACAUAUAUCAGAGUUCCAAACCUGGUUGUACAGAAACCAACUUGCGCUUGGUGAGUCUUUCUCUGCUGGUGUAAAUGUCAUAUCUUCAAGUAUUGCGAACUUGCGAUGGGGCAACAACGUAGCUGUGGAGUUAGUUAAUGCUAUCAGAAGUACAAAUAAUUCUGCCAGCUCUAUCGCUGUGUCUGUUGUAACAUUGUUAGCGGCUUUCGCUGUCAACUUAUUACAGUAA